AUGCCGAAUAAAAAAGAUUUUGCAAAGGAUUACAAUAACCAGUCCGUAGAACAAUUAAUAAAAGAUGAAAGGUUAUCGGAUGUUAUUUCUCCAGUAACUAGCAAUUUAAAUCAAAUGAGCAUCAUUGAUACAGGAGAUUCUAACAAAAUAUUUCAGUUUGCGAGUGAGUAUAAUGAUUAA